ACAGUGACAUUUGACAGCAGCGUGGACACGUGUACCAGGAGUGGGCUUAGCCAAACGCAAGUUUUGCGCUUUCUGAUUAGUUGGCGAUUAAAAGGGGUGUGAUUUUCUCAUAAUUUCUGUCAUGCUGGCGACAGUCAUCCAAAGACAUUUUCCCGUCGUCGCCGGGUGGUGGCGAAAAGGGCGCUGAGCACUCAGGUAAAAUUAAAGAACGACAGCAGCUAUUUUAAUCACAAUUCAGGGUUUAUUAAUGCAUAAAAACAACGGUGUUACAGGUGGUUUGAAGCGGUGCUGUGACAGCUGGUUAUUACCGUUUGCAAACCCUCAGUUUACUCGCAGAGCCUCAUUAGCUAGCUUACUGUGACUGCAGCUAGAAGGCCGUGUGAGCCGUUGUCACCCUAAAAGUGUGUCUUUCAUGCAAAGUUCAGGUUAAUUUACCCUGAAUUUCAAGAACAAUGAGCAUCGGCACUCAACCUUUGUGCUACGAGCUCUUGGCAGAAGUAGGACAAGGCUACUAUGGUAAAGUGUACAAAGCCAGAGAGGUGGGAGAGAAACAGCGCCUCCUCGCGGUGAAGAAGUUCACCAUCCACGGAGACACGUCGGAAUCAGGGAUCCCUGCCUUCAUGAUCCGAGAGGUGGCGCUGCUGCGCAAGAUGCAGCACUUUAACCAUCCCAACAUAGUCAAGCUGUUGGAUGCAUCUGCUGUACCAGUGGGCGUGAGCCUGGACCUCACAUUGGUCCUUGAAUACAUUGACCAGGACCUGUCCACCUACCUCUCAAAAGCUCCUGCUUCUGGACUGAGCCGUGACUGCAUAAAGGAUGUGAUGCAGCAGUUGCUGCAGGGCCUGGACUUCCUACACAUGAACAUGGUGCUGCACCGAGACCUAAAACCAGAAAACGUCCUCAUCAGCAGCCGUGGAGAAGUCAAGAUCGCAGACUUUGGACUGGCACGGAUCCUCACCUUUAAUAUCGCUCUUACCCCAGGUGUGGUGACACUCUGGUAUCGAGCUCCUGAGGUGCUGCUGAACUCUGUUUACAUGUCCUCGGUGGACAUGUGGAGUGCUGGAUGCAUCUUUGCUGAGCUCUUCCUCUUGAGGCCGUUGUUUCGGGGAUACACAGAGGUGCAGCAGCUGCAAAAAAUCUUCCAGGUGAUUGGUUUGCCUGGUGAGGAGGACUGGCCCACAGACAGCCCGAUCUCAUAUUCAGUCAACUGGGGCCCUCAAGGCUCUCUGACCAAGCUGCUGCCCAACCUGGGCCCAGAUGAGAAUGACCUCUUGUCUCAAUGUUUGGUAUUCAGACCGAAUCGCCGCAUCUCAGCCGCCAAAGCCCUGGCUCAUCCUUUCUUCAUGAAGCCCUGAAGAUCUCGGUCGAAUGAGGAGAGGAAGAAAGAGCAAUUCAGCUGCUGCUGCUCUGAGAUUCUCCCACUUACAGCUAAAAUAAUAGUUUUGUGCCAUAAAAUCCACCGUCAACUUUGUUCAGAGCGCAGUUUGAUUAUUGUCUUUGAGAGCUUUUAAACUGCAGUCACACCAUCAUGAGAGACUUUGGUCAGGUCUGAGGUUUCCACCUUUUUAUACAUCAGUGAAAUUAGGAUGCCUGACUCGCUGAAUAUGGAUGUUAUGGCGCACAACCUUGAAGACAGUAGUAUUUCGAUACAUUCGAUAAAUUUCAAAACAUGAAGCGGUUUUAUUUACACUGUUAUAAUUUCUUAUUUCAACUUCAUGUGUUUUGUGUGUGUUCUUUGAUUUACAGAGUGUGCUUGUUUUUUGUUGUUUGGUUUUACUGUUUUGUUACAUGCUUCUGAAACCUAUUAUGAGCAUCUUUAAGUUUGUUGCUGUUUAUUUUCCACAAAAAAAAAUAGUUCUAGAGUUGAUUGAAUCGGAGGAAAUGUCACACUUAUUUUUGAUAUUUUUGUAAAAAUAUUUACUGAUAACUGGUGGUGUAAUCAGUACAGAGCACACUGGUAUUUAUGUUUGUAUUAACAGAUUGUUUUAUUUUUCUACAUAAGUUGCACUGUUCAUUUCAAAAGCAUUCCUAUAAAUAACUGUAUCUUA